CUGUUGCUGCUGCUGAGGAGGAGAAGGGAAGAAAAAGAGCCCAGUCGGCGCUUCAGCCACUACCGGUCUCUGUUACACCGCAGUGACGGCGAAAUGAAGUCACGAGACUUUCCAUGAAGUGUGUGCGCAAUGACUGGCGCGCUCGCGGCGAACCGGCAACGUUGCACGGCGCACGCACACAGGGACGUACGUGGCCAGACACACACGCGCUCUUCACUCUGAGCAAGUUUGGUUUUCCCUCCUCUGAUCAUGACACAUUCACUCCCUAAUGUCAACACGGCGACUCUAACGUUAAUCCUCGGAACCUAAAUGUAUUCCAGGGGGUUUUAAAUCACAAGGGUCGCAUCCAAAAAGUCACGCGUUUGUUUAGAAGGAGAGAGACCGCGCAUCUUCCAGAGAAAAGAGGCGGUCUGCACAUGACUGACAUGUGGGAAUGAUGAAAUCGAUUUGUGAAAGCAUGGGCACAGUGGGUGGCGUUUCGACCGGCGAAAUAUGGCUAAAAUGUCACAACGCGAGUUGUUGUUUUUUUUUUUUUCCCUCCCGCUGUGAAAUAAAGAAACCAGAGAAUGAGAGCGGCGGCGCGCGAGCUGCUGCGCUGCGUUUUUAAUAGCUUACUGGUGAUGGUGUGGUCACAUGAGUCGUUUUGAUAGAUGAAACUUUGAAUAAAAAGAGAAAGGACACACCUACUCGGUACUAAUGAUCCACAGAGGCUUUGCGUGUAGUCGCUCCCACAUUAUGGAGAGACCGCGGUGAGUGUUCACUCAGCGAGCUGACCUGCAUGUAGUGCGCAGUGACGACGGAAUAAAACAGUCAGAGCAAGCGGGCAAAGUUUUUGCAGGACGCGAAAUUUCACUGUGCGGUUUUAUUUUUCACUUAACGUCCUCCUGAUCCGCGGGUUCAAAUUGCACACAUACAAGUUUCCAAUGGACAGAUACUUGGAGACGGCUGGCGCAACAAGCAUGGGAUUAUUUUUGUAAUGUGGAUCGCUACUCCCUUGCAAGAAAAUAAAGGUCUGCUGCGGAACAAUGUGAGACGUUGUGCGUCUUGGAUUUUCGUGUUUCUGGAUAUCUUGAAAAUCAUUGGAAACAGUUGAGGAAGAGAAGAAGAGAAGAAGUUACGCGCAAUUGUAAGGAUUGUACCCUUCAACCCCCGGGACCACCAUGGAUUACAACAACCCCUUCCCCCUGUCUAGAGAAGUUUGAGCCGGUUCACUUGUGUUGUACUUGUUGUAAACUUCAUGUUUGAGAACAACUCGCCACAUUUGGCUGCUUGGAUUUUAAAACGUCGCCUGUUUUUGGAUUGGAUUUCCAACACCAUGAAUUUUAUUGACAGUUUGACACUAUUAUUUUUGACGCUGUCAGCUGUCAAGAGUGCCCACAUACCGAAGGCAGCAGAAAGAGGUCCACAUGAUGUGAUCCCUCUAAUAGAGGUGUACAACAAGAGUGUGUGCCAGCCGCGGGAGCUGCUGGUCGAAAUCCUGCAGGAGUAUCCGGAGGAGGUGGAGCACAUGUUCAUCCCGUCCUGCGUGGUGUUGACGCGCUGUGCCGGCUACUGCAACGACGAGAUGCUGCAGUGCAUGCCAGCGUCCAGCUAUAAUGUAACAAUGGAGAUAAAAAGAAUAAAAUCCCAGAGACAGCAAAAUGAUGUUUUCAUGAGUUUCUCAGAGCACAGCGCAUGUGAGUGUAGGUUAAAGAAAGAAGUGAAAGAACAGAAAGAAAAAAAAUCCCGGAAAGGCAAGGGUAAAGGCCUAAAGAGAAAACGAAAGAAAAACCGCGACAAAACAAUUCACGACGCUGUUUGUGAGCCGUGUUGCGAUCACUGCACAGAGAGGAGGAGGCGCUUGUUCGUGCAGGACCCCGUGACCUGUCGGUGCUCCUGCAAACACACAGACGCAUACUGCAAAGAACGCCAGCAAGAGCUCAACGAGAGGACCUGCAAAUGUGACAAGCCCAGAAGAUGAGAGAGGUGGGAUCACCAGAUGUACAAGAUGAAGGAAUAUUCUAGCGAUAUUUCACAGCACAGCACUUUGACCUUUUGAACCGUAAGCUCUUCUUUUCUGUGGAAAGCAUUCCCCUUGGACUGGCUGAGAGAGAACAAAAAAAAAAGAAAGAAAGACUGGACUGAAGUCUCCUCCCACUGUAUAUCUCUGUGUACAUAGACCACGACAAAAGAAAAAUAAGAGUACAGAAUUGUUAUGCUGCUACAGAAACGAAUAACUAAAAACCCGUCAUCUGACACGACGCAACUAUCCGCCACGUGGUUUUGCAUUUCUAACAGGCUUGCUGUGCAGGUGUAGUCUUGUUGUCAAUUCAUUGUAUGCAAUUACUUCACUGGAUGUGAGUCUACUGUGGUUGUGUGUCAAUCAAAGUCGCGAAAAAACCUCUCACUCUAAGAUGUAUUUACCCGCUCGGGCGGCGGGCGAGGCUGAAGAAGACACGGGCACGCUCUCUUUUUUGGAAAUAGUGGACAGAUUUUCCCGUCUACGUCUUGUGCUCGUAGGCGACAACAGGAGGACACUGGUACAGCUGAUGGAAAUCUUGAAUCGGUGUCCGUGCGAUAUCACUUCCUCUCCUCCGCGGACGUUUGCAGGACUGACGUGAGACAAAAAAAAAACCACAAUAUUUUCACUAUUGUGCUCAGCCUGCGGCGAGGAGGGUCUGACUCUGCAGUGCCAUAUACAUACAUAUAUAUAUAUAUAUGUAUAUAUAUAUACAUAUAUAUACAUAUAUGUAUAUAUAUAUAUAUAUAUAUAUUCAAAGGGAUAACGGUUAUCAGUAAGAGCAUGUAGUGUUUUGCUAUGUCGUUCAUGAAAAGAGAAAAAAACCACUGAAAACAUCCUAUACUGUAGAUUCCAUUUGAAAAACUGUGCCUCACAAAAUGUACUGAGAAAUCUUUCGAGUGCUUUUUAAAUUAUUUUUGUUUUUCAGGACGGGGGGGGGGGGAUUGUCAAAGUAGUUUUGUUAGUCGUCGAACUUAAUACAUAAUCUAUUGAUUACAUAUCUUCCUUUUCUGAACGUGUACAUACUUAAUAUCCCUUUCAUGCCAUAGUCCAUUCUAGAUAAUUUAUAAUGUUAUAUAGAGCUAUUUUUCAGUAUUCAGUCUUCUACCCAUAUUUAAUUUGGUCUAUUUAUAUAUAUAUAUAUAUAUAUAUGCAGUGUUAUGUACAUGUGGCUGUCCUAUCUCCCCCACAUUUGUUAAGGUCACUGAUAGCGACUCUCAUCAGCAUUGAGACUCUUAUGCUUUUCUGUGGAAGAAAGAAAGAAAAAAAAAUCAAAAAAAAAAAAUCAAAAAAUGAUUUGUUAACAUUCCCUAAAUGGAUCACUUGUAUUAAUGUACUGAUGACAUCUCUGGAUAUUCAACCCCUCGUUUCUAAGGGUGUGGGUGCUGUGUAGAGUUUUAACGUGUGUGUGUGUGUGUGUGUGUGUAUGGAUGCGUGUCCGCGUGCACUUGUCGAGGUGCACAUCUAUGUGUAGGUGUUAGUUUGUUGUAUUUAAGUAUUUAAGUAUGUUAAUGGACCGGUGUUCUGUCCGUCCUUGCCAGAUGCAAAUACAAGUAAACUACUGCUAGCAGCUCAGCGUACACUACUACAACACAAAAGGAUAACAGACUGCCGCCGUCGGUCGUACAGCCCUCGUUAUUAUUUUUAUUAUUAUUAUUAGUUUUCCUUUGUCUCCUCUUCACUAUUAACAUGUUUUCUGUGUCUAUGUAAAACAGUAAAGCAUAUUUAUUUUCAAAUGAUAUUGUUUUUAUAUAAAAUAAGAAAAGGUU